ACUUUGUGUUGCUCUCAACUUCACACGGGGACGUCUAGUGCACCGGGUCUGAGGGGGCUUCACGGAGGACCAACCGGACUUGGACCGCCGCUGGAUCCGACGUUCGGAGGCGGAAUCUGCUGUCACGGUCAUGCCGUUUGGCUGUAUAACCAUCGGGGAAAAGAAGGAUUAUAACAAUCCUUCGGAAGUGACAGAUAAAUAUGACCUGGGUCAGAUCGUUAAAUCGGAGGAGUUCUGUGAGAUCUUCAGGGCCAAGGACAAGACGACGAUGAAAAUGUACACGUGUAAAAAGUUCCUGAAGAAGGACGGACGGAAAGUCCGGAAGGCCGCGAAGAACGAGAUCCUCAUCUUAAAGAUGGUGAAGCAUCCCAAUAUUCUGCAGCUCGUGGACGUCUUUGAGACCAAAAAAGAGUACUUCCUCUUCCUCGAGCUUGCAACGGGCAGAGAGGUGUUUGACUGGAUCCUGGACCAGGGCUACUACUCGGAGCGAGACACCAGCAACGUGGUGCGCCAGGUGUUGGAGGCCGUCGCCUACCUCCACUCCCUGCACAUUGUCCACAGGAACCUCAAGUUGGAGAACUUGGUUUACUACAACCGCCUGAAGCACUCUAAAAUAGUCAUCAGCGACUUCCAUCUCGCCAAGCUGGAGAACGGACUCAUCAAAGACCCCUGUGGGACACCAGAGUACCUGGCUCCGGAGGUGGUUGGCAGACAGCGAUACGGCCAGCCUGUGGACUGCUGGGCGACAGGCGUCAUCAUGUACAUACUGCUGUCGGGCAACCCUCCUUUCUACGAUGAAACCGACGACGACGAUUUUGAAAACCACGACAAGAACCUGUUCCGAAAGAUCCUGGCAGGCGAUUAUGAGUUUGACUCUCCGUACUGGGAUGACAUCUCAGACUCAGCUAAGAGUCUGGUUGCUCGCCUGAUGGAGGUGGAUCAAGACCUGAGACUGACAGCCCAGGAGGCUAUAAACCACGAGUGGAUCUCCGGUGGUGCAGCUUCAGAUAAGAACAUCAAGGAAAACGUGUGCGCACAAAUUGAGAAGAACUUCGCCAGAGCCAAAUGGAAGAAAGCUGUGCGGGUCACGACCAUCAUGAAGAGGCUGAGAGCACCAGAGCAGAGCGACUCGAAGGCAACCGGCCCCGCGGCCGGGGCCCCGGCGGACGUCGCGGCCCCGCCGGCUGCCACCGACCCCUCCGCGCCUUCGUCUUCCGCCGCGGAGGCCGAGGGGGCCCCGGCUCCCGCUCCCGUCACAGAGCUCCCCGUCACAGAGCUCCCUGCUGCCGGGGCGGAGACGAGCCAACCGGCACCGCAGGCUGGCGCCGCGGAGGCCGCCGCCCCCGCGGAGCCGCAGCAUCCGAGCCCGGCGCCGCGGGAGGCCGAGCCCACGACGCGGUGCAACGGGGAGGCUUCGGCCGCGCUCCGUGCAGCCGCCGAGGCCGGGGACGAGCAGGGUUAGACCCCCACCAACCUCCCCUCAUCCCCCAGCCCCGCUUCCCCAAACUCCCCCCUCCGUGACCUCUGGUCCUCCCGCACACUGUACACCAGCUGCUAGCAUGGUGACACGGACUCUGCUUCUCUCUCACUUGCAGCAUUAGCAUCAUCUUUGCUUACUUUUGACCCCGCCGUGUGUCUUUUUUCACUGACCAUCCGGUGUUUUUGUCCGAUUGUGUAAAUCUUUAGGGGCAAACAGAUUUGCUGUCGAGCUCGCAGCUUUAAUUCUUCUUUCUCUCCGUGAUAAGAGAAUACAGGAGCCCGUAGUUGUGCUGAAAAACGGCUUUUGAUUCCUUUUUAACGAGCCAUCUUGGGGAACUUCUCUCUGCCGUUCUUGUAAUUACAGCUUUUUGUUCUUAGAAUCGGUAGAAAAAUUAUUGUUUCUGAAAUGUUUAGACCUCGUAAACCGUGAUACUCAGCUGGUCCUCACACACGGAGAAGAUCACAUGUUCCUGUCAUUGUUAUCUUUCUUAAUUGUUCUCGUCUACGCCCAACCGGUCAUUGCACGUUGAACAAUGACUGCGAUUGGUGACUGGGAGUUAUCAUGCCCAGUACUGCAUUUUGAACUCGGCAGCUUCACACACGCACACACACACACACACACACACACACACACACACACACGCACACACGAUGUUCCUUUGCUAACUUCCUGCUCAGGAAAGAACCUCAUCGCUCUAAGUGUAAAGAUCCUGUACAUAGAGACCUUUGUAGAAGUAGCCAAAACAGCAUGCAUUCUCACUUUUUGCUGUUCAUUUGACAUUUCUGACCACUCGGUGGAUCAAGAUGCGCCGCCGCCGCCGCCGAGCUCUCGUCUUAUCGCCGGCCGCAGAACCUUCGCCUCUCGCCUCCGGCCACGCCGAAGCCAAACGCUCUUUUCAAAAGCACACUUUACAUUAUGCUCUCUAUUGCGACUGUUCCUUUAGCACCCCUGCUGUCAAUGUAAGUUACAUGAAGAAAAAAAAAAAAAAAAACGGGAAAAAAAAACAGUCUUCAUUACAUGUGAGCUCUAUGCAUCCAAAUUAAUGUGUAGCUUUUCAACGAAAGUGUACUUUUAAUUUUAUUUGUUGCUAUUUGCUUUGGUUUGAUUGUGUUAGGAUAUUCACUCAUAUGUCUUAAUAUUUGGUUGUAACUGUAAAUCGAAAUGUGCAUUAACUGACCACAUGCGGCUUUCAAAGGUCGCAACAUUUUGACUUUCCGGUGAUGACGGUCAUCUUCACCAACUGACCUGUAUUGUACUUAAAGAAAUAUGUGAAUAAUUUAUUGGGCAUUUCUGAACACAUUGUUUAUUUAUUUAUAUUUGUAUUGCCAUAUCUCUCUUUUUUCUUUCUUUCUUUUUGUCGUCGUUUUUUUUCAACUCUUUCAGUCAUGUAUUUGAUAGCAUUUUUUCUCCUUAUACUUGAUAAACAGUAAUAACAAUAUUUUCCUUUCUUGUCCCCACGUGGUCCUCUCAAGCACUAAUAAUGAGCUACAGAAGGAGUUCUCUGUCAUCACUCUAGAGGGAAAUUUAGCAAUAUAUACGAACGGCUGCAGAAACUGUGAUUCCUGGUGUCCUUUCGAUAAAGUCCAUGUACCUGUAAGUAGAAGUCUAUAGUCCUUGAUACCCAGCAGGGUCCUUUUAAAGGGACAGUGCACCCCAAAAUCAAAAAAUACAUAUUUUGCCUCCUACCUGGAGGGCUAUUCAUCAAUCCAGAUUGUUUUGGAGAUAUCGGCUGUAGAGACGUCUGCCUUCUCUUCACUAUAUCGGCUCUACGUGGCACUCGGCUUGUGAUGCUCAGAGUCUCAGAAUCUGGUUACUCAAGAUAAUCUACAGACCUUUUUUGUAGAGGAAAAAUAUGUAUUUUUUGGGGGGUGGUGAAGUCCCUUAAACUAACACAUGGCGGCUGUCAUGUGAGUGUGAUAACUCGUCAAAUACCGACGCCAUCAGUGCCCCCUGGGGGGUCUGAUGACAGUGCAACGAGGCCCCCUUUAGUGUCUGCAUGGGAGCCAACAGGCUUUCAACUCACUCACAAAGGUCAUCGGUGUGAAGGUCAGGGUGGACAAUUGGGUCCAACAGACAGACUGACCUUGGUGUCCCGUCAACGCUGACAUAUUGGACCUUACUUUUCUCCCGUAACUCACAUAUUCGACUCUAUAAGUUACGUUAACAAAUGUUCUUAUUUGAGUAAAACUAGUUUUAUUUUUGAAACGACGGCGUAAUGUAACGGAUGGAAACUGGAUGUUUAUUUUGAAAAGGAAAACUCUGCAUGUAACAAGCAUCAACUGACACGUCCGUAACCGACGCUGGAGGGUCGUAGUUCGAGGCUCACAUGACCAAGUGUCGAUAUUUGACGAGUUUGGGAGUGAGAAUGUGUUGGACGUCCUGAGCUACACACACUGACCCCAUGGGGGUCUCACUCCCCGGUCGAGUUUGGGAGUGAGAAUGUGUUGGAGGUCCUGAGCUGACACACACUAACCCCAUGGGGGUCUCACUCCUUGGUCGAGUUUGGGAGUGAGAAUGUGUUGGAGGUCCUGAGCUACACACACUGACCCCAUGGGGGUCUCACUCCCCGGUCGAGUUUGGGAGUGAGAAUGUGUUUGACGUCCUGAGCUGACACACACUGACCCCAUGGGGGUCUCACUCCCUGGUUGAGUUUGGGAGUGAGAAUGUGUUGGAGGUCCUGAGCUGACACACACUGACCCCAUGGGGGUCUCACUCCCCGGUCGAGUUUGGGAGUGAGAAUGUGUUGGAGGUCCUGAGCUGACACACACUGACCCCAUGGGGGUCUCACUCCCCGGUCGAGUUUGGGAGUGAGAAUGUGUUGGAGGUCCUGAGCUGACACACACUGACCCCAUGGGGGUCUCACUCCCUGGUCACACCAAGCAGCAGCCCCAGUGUCAAUAAUUGGAUGACAUAAUCAAAGUAUAAUAAUAUGCACGGCCACUUUUUCUGACUCCAUCCAAUCUGUUGUCGACUGUCAACGCCUGUGAAUUUAUAUGAAAAUGUGCAUUU